GUACAUGGAGUCGACCGCCACAAAUACAUUCUCGACCUAUGGUGAAACACUGAACCAUCUGUGCCUUGCACUAUUGGGAACCUCUGCAAUUCCUGAAAUGCGUUUCUGUUACUGUUUGGUGUAUCUCUGUGAGAGAAAUUUGGUUCCCAGAACUAUACUACAUGGUACGCUUCUGCUGGCAAAGGAAACGCAUCCAGAUCCGGUUAUCUUUGUUUCACGGGCACAUCUUUCAAGGCUUAUGUAGUUCAGCUGUUGGCUUAUGCCAUGAAUUGUGAAGAGGAGGUUCCUCAAAAGGCAGUUCACUCGUGGUCCAGAAUUGCCUCGGCUGGGCAAACUGCUCUGGUGGAGGCACUGAGGGUUUUCAGUCCUAUGUCAAAGGACCUGUCCGAUACUGAGAUGCAGCUUGUGUCCUUUCUACAGGGACUCAAAGAUGAGGGUCACAAGCCCAUUGUGCUCAAAAGCAAAGAUGUGUAUGGUUAUAAAUCUUGCACAACAGAACCCAAACCAGUAGAGAAGACAAAUAAACCACUGGACAUUGGCAACAAAGUUUCUAAGGUUCAGAAAGCUACCAAGAGAAGAGGAAGAAAAGCCCUUUGCAAGAAGAAGGAAAUCGACUACACGCUCUUGAGUGCAGCAGCUAAGAUGAUUGUAAAGAAUCAGCCUAAGAUAAUGUUGACUAAUCUCUCACAUGAGUCUCUCAGGCGGACUGUGCUUGCUAAACCUCCACUCUACACUGUUAGACCUGUCCAGAUGCAACCAUGCUUGAAAUUGGCAAACAUAACUGGUACCUCAGGGGGCCACACUGCAAGACUGCAGAUACGAUCUGAUAUGGGGCCUCAAGGGAUAACCAUACCAAAUUCUCACCGCCCAGUAACGUUGUCAGGGAUACCACUUCCGCCCUUGGAAACUGCUGGUAAAACGCCAAAAGCAGUUGUUUCCGAGAACAUGAGACCUGUUUCCUGUCCUGUCAAAGUGGACGUGGCACUCAUUGGAGACUCUGCUCCAGUUGUGUGUCCGAAUGGCAGACUUUUGAAAGAAAGUGGAAACUACAAAAUGGUUCCAGUGAAUAUAGGCCAAGUUGGUGUUGCAAGUGACAAGCUUGACUGGAGGGACAAGGAUGCAGUCAGGGUGCUGAACUGCCAAACAGAUCUGGAUAUGUCCAGGUCAGUCUGGGUCACGAAAGGCCAAGAAGACUCUAAACUGAAUGAGAAUAACUUGAGAUUGGAGGUUAUCAAGGUGGAUGACUCUAUCACUGAUGAGGAAGUCAGACGGAAAGCCCAGAAGAUCUUGCAAGUUAAUUUGUCUCCUGUGAUUCAGAUUCAGCCGCUCCUUGCUUAUCCAGUAUGAACUGCAGCCAUUUCAAAGAAGCUCCCAGUUGAUAUUUGAAAUGACAUUUGAUUGAUUAACUUUUAAAUGAAGGCAUAGCUGAGCCCUAACGCUAUCAUUUUUGGAUUAUAUUCUGGGAAUGCGAGUGUCAUAUUGCCGUUAUCAUUUUGAGUGAACAAACAUGUUCCCAGACGUAGAAAAUUAAGACAGUGGUAUUUUCACAAGAUGCUGUUUGGAUAUGCUACUUUUCAUUAGGUAUACUUGGGUAUGGUGCAGAUUUUGUAAGAUUAAAUUCCCGGUUUAUUGCCAUUCAUUUUUUUUUUUUUUUUUUUAAAUAAAAAAAGAAAACAAUCUAAUAGCAAAGCCAUGUCAUAUUACUAUGCAGUAUCCAUAGAUUUUUGUAAGGCAAAUGCGACAUUUCCUUUCCUACUUGGUUGAAUUCUAACCAAGAUUUCUGAUUGGGUUCAAUUUCCUGCAGUGUUUUUUCCCCCCAUGUUGAAAUGGAUUUGCCUUUCUGCAUUGGAAAUAGAUUUUCAUUGAGGACGGAGAUGGGUAGAAUACAUUCUGGAUAUACACGGCUGUGCAUUUUGUCCCCUUUGUAUUUUAAGUUUUCUGCAAAUGCAUUUCCAUAACAAAUGAAUGAAACCUUUUAUGCUUAAUGUCGGCACAUUGAUUUUUUUAUUAAUUUUUUUGUGUGUGUGUGUGGGGCAAAGCUUAUUUUGUACAGAAAGUUAAUUUAUUUACACCAAGAGUAGAUGGAUAAAUUGUUGCUGCCCUGUGGGGGAAGUAAAUAUUUUUCUUCCUCCUCAGGGGUAUGUCCUUCUAGAUUUGAAGCAAAUUGGGGUAAUGUAUCCCGGUUUGUUCUUGGAUCUAUUACAUGUAAACAACGGGAUAAUUCUGUGUGUGUGUGCAUGUGUCUGUGUGUGUUUGUCAGGGGGUGGGAGGGUUUUUAGUUGGAUAGUUGGAGUGCGAGUCCAUUUCAACUAUAAAAUUUUCUGGACGUAUUGUCUGGUACUAGUGCUCUUAGAUUUAAAACUCAGUUUUUAUUAAAUUAAUUGAAGUGCGUGUUUAAACCUGUUACAGCUCUUCAUUCACAUGCAUUAACACACUGUCUUCUGACAUGUUCUUACCAAAGUGAUUAACAACAUUGUGAGUAAUGUGUUGGGUAUCUAUAUUUUUUUCCCAGAUGGAAUUUGGCAGAGAUGAAAGAAAAAAGAAAAAGAAAAAAAAAACCUUUCGUGGAGUAAUGUGUGCUCCUGAAAAUGUGCCCUUUUGCAUCUCUCCUGGUGCUUGAAUUUCAGUUAUUUUUCACUCCUCUUGACAUAACUUCAUACGAAAUAACAGAAUGAAUGUUGCCAAUGUAAAUUGCUUGAAUUGUCUUAAUUGCCUUUGAAGUUUAUUUUGCCUAGAUGCUCAGAGAAUUUACUUUUAUUGUGAAAAGCUGCUGGGUGCUAAAGGGUUUGGUUUGAAGACUUGGAUUUGUUAGAGGCCCCUUGUUAGGGUUUUUUUAUUCUAAUGUGUGAAUUGUAGAGUUAGACAGUUUGAAACACAAUGUUUGACUAAAUAUACAUUCACAAAUUUUGUCUUCAUAAACUUUUUUCAGUUGUGCCAACUGCACAGCACAAAAUCUUGGUGGCUAUUUGAGAAAUACUGAAAUAAAUUUUUCAAAAAGGAAACCAGUAAGUUUUUUUUCUUCUAAUAAGAUUUAAAAUUUUAGAUUUAGUUUUUUCCUAAUUCACAAUUCUCGAUAUGGCUGUUAUGUGAUGAGGCAGAGAAUACCCAGUCAAUCAAAGCCCUCCCACCCUGGGCAGUUCCUUGGCCAGUUAUGCAUCAGUGCACCAGCCACAGCCAGCACUGGAAUGGUCAGGAUUAGAUCCCAGACUGGGGUGCGUGUCUUCAUUGAGCACAGUGCUUUAGCUGGAAACGACUCCUGAGAAGUUCUUUCCCACUUGUACUUGGAUUAUCUAUAAACGUUCCACGGAUUUUCUGACAGUAAGUAGGCAAAACUUAUAGCCUACUUGCUGCUGUGAUUUUAGAUAAGGGAGGGGGUUAUUGGCAUUUCUUAAAGCCACUCCAACGUGAUAAAUUAUAUAAUUACACUGAUUGUGGUAGAAUGGCUUGGCUGUCAUUUAUUAUUAAAUCUUAUGGAUAUUGCACAGUGGUAAACUGCAUUCUUUGAACUUUUCAGGAUUGAAUUGGCAAAUGUUUUACAGGGGCUUCACAUUGGUUUAUAGUAGCCUACAGUUAAAUAAAAUACAGAUUUUGUUUUUCCUUUGUACUAAAGUCAUUUUCUUCCUAAUGCAAUUGGUUCUGUGAACAAUGUUAAGAUAUGUUGAAAAAGCUGUACUGUCAGUGUUGUAUAUUUGGUAUAACUGUUAAGAAUGGUGAAAUAAACCUUUGUUUAAGAUUC